AUGUCGAAAGAAUUGUUGGAAUCUAAUUUGAGUACAAUAUUUGCCACACUUCGAAAUACGGAGCAAUAUUGGUGUAAACCGAGAAACGAUUUAAAUUGUAUGACGCAGCAUUAUGGACCUGCGACAUGGUUUUUAACACUCAGUCCAAGUGAGUGGUUGUGGGAAGAUUUAGGUGAAUAUAUUCGUGAAGUAAAUGAAUGGCAUGACGCUUCCUUAAGCGUUAGCGCACUCGUUGUUAGAGAUCCAGUAUCAACAUCCAGGUUUCUCGAUAAUAAGUUUCGGGCAAUGCUUGACUUUAUUAGGUCUAAAGAUCAUCCAAUUGGAGAAGUAACGCACUAUUUCUGGCGACGAGAAUAUCAAGGUAGAGGACGUAAAGUUAUUCGUCGAUGUCGUUUUGGAUUUCCUCGUCCCGUUACUGAAACUUUGAAUAUCAGGGAUGUGGCAACUUCGAUAGCCGGUAGAAAACAAUUGAAACAUAAAAGUAGACUUUACGAUCUUCCUCGAACGGAUAAUGAAGGUAAUAUAAAUGACUAUAAUCCUGUUCUUCUUACUGCAUGGGAAGGUAAUAUGGAUAUACAAUUUAUUGGUGAAAAAUCAUCGCUGCUAACCUGUAAGGAUAACAAAAACAAAUCAUUAGCGAGUCAUCUUUGGAAUAUUGCUUUGCGAUUUACGAAUAAUAGAGAAUGUGGAGCUCUCGAAGCUGCUGAUACAUUGUUAGGUAUUCCUUUGUAUGGAACUGAUCGAAAUACAACCAUCAGAUGUAAACUGCAUCUUAAAGAAGCAUUGCAAUAUCAUGAAAGAUUAGAAGAAUUGCAAAAAGCAUUUGAAACUGCAAAACAGUUAGUUCAGCAAUGCUUAGAUGACGAUUUGCAAAAAGAGCAGUCUCAGGAUGAUCCUGAAAAUGCAAUAGGUAUUCAAAAUAUAGAGGCUGGUGAAGCAAUGCAAGAUUUUAAAGAUCUUGGUGAUAGAGCAAUUCAAGAAAUUGAUGUAUCUGACAUGAUAGUAAAAUUAAAUACGGAUCAAAAACGAGUAUUUGAUAAAGUUACCAAUGCUGUAGAGUCCGAUAAAUCAAUAUUACGAUUAUAUGUUAGCGGAGAAGGUGGUACUGGAAAAAGUUUCUUAAUCAAGACUAUUAAAUGCUGGAUAAAACAAAAUCUCAACAAAGAUACUGCUGUAACAGCACCUACUGGUAUAGCAGCAUUUAAUAUAGAUGGUUUGACAGUUCAUAGAUUGCUUCAAUUACCCGUUGAACAUGGUCAAACUCAUAAGUAUAAACAAUUAUCUGAUUGUGUAUUAAAAGUUUUACGAACAGAUCUUAAAGAUGUUAUUCUUUUCGUAAUUGAUGAAGUGUCAAUGAUAUCUAAUUUGACUUUAAUAUAUAUUCAUCUUCGAUUGUCUGAGAUAUUUGAUACUAGUGAUUGCGAUGAUGGUUGGUUUGGUCGAAAGCAUAUUCUUUUAUUCGGAGACUUGCUUCAAUUGCCUCCUGUACGCGAAGAUCUUAUCUUUACACAUUUAUCCGAUCAAAAAAUUGCUAAUUAUCUUGGUUCUUUAAAUGCUGUUAAUUUAUGGAUUACAUUAUUUGAAUAUGAUGAAUUGAUAAUCAAUAUGCGUCAGCAAGGAGAUAAUUCAUACCGUGAAUUAUUGUCGCGAAUUCGUAUUGGUUUAGUGACAAAAUCUGAUUGUAAAAUUCUAGAGAGUAGAAAAAUAUCUUUCAAAGCUGAUUCUUUCGAAUCUAGAUUAAAUGAAUUAUGUGAUUUUAUUAACAGUUUAUCAUCGGACACUGUUUGUUUAUUUCCUACUUGUAAUAUGUGUGAUGUCCUUAAUAAUGCAAUGUUAAGUCGCAUUACUUCCAAAGAAAUAUUAUUAAUUGCUGAAGAUACGAUUGAUUGUACAUCAUAUGUAAAAAAGAAAGUAUUAAAAGUAUUGUCAAAUAACGAUGAUGAUAGUUCUCGAACAGCUGGACUUUCAAAACAAAUUACAAUUAAAAUUGGAGCAAAAGUUAUGAUUCGGCGUAACAUCGAUGCCAGUUUGGGUCUUGUAAACGGUACAAUUGCUAAAGUAAUUUCAAUUGUACGAGAAACAUCUACUGAUGACGUAGAAAAGAUUAAACUUCUUUUACCAUCAGGUUUAGAAUAUGAAAUUGAAAGAGUAACGGCUAAAUUUCAGGUAUUGGAUAGAGCGUAUGUGAUUCGAAAACAAUUUCCAUUAUCUUUAAGUUAUGGCAUCACUAUUCAUAAAAGCCAAGGAUUAAGUUUGCAAAGUGUUGUUAUGGAUAUUGGCAACUCUGUAUUUAGUUGUGGUCAAAUUUAUGUUGCCUUGUCGCGAGUAACAUCUCUAGAAGGAGUGCAUUUAAUAAACUUUGAUCCUUCAGCAGUAAUAGCUAACGAAAAAGUUAUUAUUGAAUAUAAUCGUUUAAAACAGAUAUACAAUCCGAAAGCAGAAAUGAUUGCUGUGUCAAAAGAACGUUGUCGUAAAGUAAAAGAUGUUCCAUGGGCGUUACCAAAAAUAGUUACUUCUGUUCAAAAAUCAAAUUCAGAUCGAAAAAUUCAACAUACGGUUUCAAAGAAAAGAAUUCAAAGCACUGCUUGGAUCAUACGUGGUUUUCAGAAUACAGACAAGAUUUCAUGUUAUGCAAAUACAGUAUUGCAAUGUUUAUUACAUUUAAAUAUUAUUAAGCAGCAGUUGAUUAAUUGCGAUAAAACAGACGUUUUACCACAAGAUGGUAAAUUAAUAAAAGCAGAAAACAAAUUUAAUUUAUGUGCUGUUCCAACAACUAAAGUAUUAAUAGCGGGACAAUUGUACAAGACGAUGAGUGCUAUACUUUAUGAUGGUUCGUGCACCGAUGAAGGUCAUUAUGGCGCCCCGGGAUCGAGUGACGAGUUUAGUACGGCGCUGGAUUUAGAGAUCACGAGAAUUGAAUUAGAAGAAGUCAAGAAACAGUUAGCUGCAGCAAAUCAGGCUCUUGCUGCAGCUACGAAUCCAGCUUCAACCGGAGCUCUUGCUGAAGCUCGUGCAAACGCAACUGCUCCUGCUCGUGCUUCGACAAGUGUAAACGCAACUGCUCCUGCUCGUAUUCCAAAAGUUUGCAAAACCGGAGCUCAACCAUCGCAACCACCAUCGCCUGCAAUGGUGGUUGAAAAUGAAGAAGAUGAUAACAUGAGACACCCGCUCGAUGGUCGCGAGCUGGUCGCGGACGUGGUCGCGGACGUGGCCGCGGACGAGGACGAGGAAGUAUAA